CGCUCAUCUCUUCUGUGCAGCAGAACCUGCUCCUUGGUCCAGAGGUGUCCUCAUCACCUCAUCAUCUUUAGUAGGAAGUCCGCAGUCUCUGGUCAUCUCCUGUACUAUGUCCGCAGUCUCCGGUCAUCUCCUGUACUGUGUCCGCAGUCUCCGGUCAUCUCCUGUACUGUGUCCGCAGUCUCUGGUCAUCUCCUGUACUGUGCCCGCAGUCUCUGGUCAUCUCCUGUACUGUGUCCGCAGUCUCUGGUCAUCUCCUGUACUGUGCCGCAGUCUCUGGUCAUCUCCUGUACUGUGCCCGCAGUCUCUGGUCAUCUCCUGUACUGUGUCCGCAGUCUCUGGUCAUCUCCUGUACUGUGCCCGCAGUCUCUGGUCAUCUCCUGUACUGUGUCCGCAGUCUCUGGUCAUCUCCUGUACUGUGUCUGCAGUCUCCGGUCAUCUCCUGUAAUACAUCUGCAGUCUCUGGUCAUUUCCUGUACUAUGUCUACAGUCCUUUGG